AUGAUCCCAAGGUUGGAGAGCCAUGGCUUGUGCGGCUCAGGCUUCCAAUUCUCCGUGCAAGCAGGGCUCAUUCUGGUGCAAGGUGCCCACCCAGAGCAGGCCUUCCAAUGUGGAUCCUUUCAGCCUUGCCAGCUGCACGUCAUCUCAGACCUUCCUUUUGAAAGCUCUGACCGGGUGAUGAUCGUCGCGCCGCCACCGACGUCCACCAACUCACUGGCCACCGUGUGUGGGCGCGGCACUAGCGGUCUGCAGGUGCAGCUGACCUCCUCCAUGAGCAUUUGGGACACCACCAGCACCAGCCCGGCGAUUUUCACCACGACUUUGGCGCCGAACGAGACGACCACCACACUGGAACCACGGCCCUCGCACUACGUGGGGGCCCCUCGUCGCUGUCCGUCUCGGUUUCGACCGCUCGUCUUUAGGUGUUGCGGUCUCCACUCGGGAGCCGCAACACCUCAUGGUCUCGUGUUUAGGCGGAAUCGACCGAAAUUCGUUUUUGUGAGAUUUGUAUGUUUUUUAGUUGUUUAUUGUUUGUGUUUUUUGUCUGCGUGUGUGUGUGUCUCCUCAAUGAGAGGAUCUGUGUUUGAACCUUCUUCAGGCAAAGGGCAGGUGAAUGAUGCAGAAGCGAUCAACAACAUAACGAAUUCAAAAGAACUCACACACGGUUCGGGAACUCGUUGUGCAACCAGGAGAAAUUGGCUAGGAGACCGGCGACAGCCGACAGACUUUGAAAUACACCAAUUGCAUCCAAUUGCGCCUAUUUGGGGGAUGAUCACCAAGGGAGCAAACCACUCAUUUGCAGGAAUUGGAGCAUUGGACGCUCAGAAGGUUCAUUGGAACACCUUGACAACAAGGUGA